UCCACCUGAGUCUGCUGUGUAGCAGACGACGUUUAGUGUGCGCCAUACAGAAACAAUUCGAGUAGUUCACGCUGUCCGUUGCCAUUGACUUGUGGAACAACAUGGCGUCAAAUGUGACCAACAUGUGCGCGAUGAAUUUGUGCCGUUUUAUGCGACAAUUAAUCAUCCAGGGAGGUCGACAAGAUGCAAUCAGUCGCAUGUUCUCCACAACUCCACAUUUAGCCACUGAAAAACCGUUGGAAGGCGAAGCAACGGAAAAACCACCAGCCGUCGAUCCAGCCGAAUAUGAAAAGCUCAGACAGAGGACCGCGAAUUUGCUUCAAAACGUCAAGGAGCUUGAUGAUAAAUACAAGCGAUCUCUUGCCGAUUCGGAGAACUUACGGAUGCGUCUCACGAAGCAAAUCGAGGAUACGAAAGUUUUUGGCAUCCAAAAAUUCUGCACAGAUUUGCUUGAAAUAGCUGAUGUUUUGCAAAUCGCUUGCGAAGCAGUACCGAAAGAAGAGUUGGAGAAAAACCCAUAUUUAAAAAACCUCUUUGAAGGAUUACAGAUGACCGAAUCACAGUUGCAGAGUGUUUUUCGAAGACACGGCCUAACUCAAAUCAACCCUCUCGGCGAGAAAUUCAACCCGAACGAGCAUGAGGCUGUCUUCAUGGCUGAAGACAAGAGCAAAGAAGUCGAUUCUAUCGCUGUCGUUAGCAAGCUUGGUUACCGCCUCAGGGACCGAGUCAUUCGGCCCGCACUUGUCGGCGUCGUAAAGCAUUAAUCCUGAAUACCUAUUUGCAACCUAAGGGAGCCUCAAAACUUGGCUGACUCGGGGGGCACAGUCGAGCGUCCCAGGCUUUGCUUUCCUAAAAAUUUCUUCGCAAAAGGCUGUAGGAUUUUAUUAAACUGUUAAAAUAGAAAGUUAUUUUAAAUGAAAGUGGAAAAGCGAAUAUGGCAGAAAAAAUGGAGAACAGAAUGCGAAAAUUUGUGUAACGUGAUGAAACCAAUUAUUCAGUGUUACAUAUAUGGCACACACGACUUUUUAAAAUGUGUGUGUGUGCCUUUAAUGCCAUUAAUGUAAAGUGAUUCUGGUGUAUACCACUGAGACAUAGAUAAAAUAUAGACAAUAUAAAAAAACAAAUUAACUAUCAAAACAUACAGUCAUAAUAGUAUAGGACAAAAUAUAAAAAUUUAAAUAAAAACGAGUGAAUUACAGUAAUAUACACAGUGAAACUGGAAAGUCGUGAUGGUUAAUGAUUAAGUCGCGAUAAAUGUCUGUUAUUUGAAAAAGAAGUUUUUGUCUCCUCUACGUAUUUUUAUCUAAUGAACGAAUCGCGACUAUCUCCCUUAAAUAUAAAUACAUAAAAAGGUAUAUAUAUAAUAUAUGUAAGUACAAUAAAAAUAUCACAGUUUAGCUAUCGAA